AUUCUUGUAUCUUUGCUUGGUGGGCAAGGUCCGAACUAUGUGAGUAGCAUUUGAGUGGUAUAUGUCUUUAUUUGGUGGGCACGGUUCAAACUCUUUGGGUAGCAUUUGAGUGGUAUAUGUGUGAGUGUGUGUUUGAUGUGUUAGGAAAAAAAAAAAAACCACCAACUGAAGAAGCCUAUUCCAUCCAAAAAAUACUGAAGAAUUUUUGAUAAAUGCUUAAAAAUAUAACGUUCUUGAAAAAAAAGAUCAGUCUUUUGGGGGCGGAAACGCAGAAGCACUCAAGCAAGUAGAGCCUACCCCUGCUUCGCAAGAGUAGCAAAAAAGGACGAAAAGCAACGAUCUUUAUCCUCGGAUAAUUUAAAGCACAUACCUCCUAAUCAGUAGAUCGGCUGUGGAAGUAAUGGAUUCGGGUUUUGUUCACAGAGCCUGGGAGAAAUGGGCUUCGAAAGAUGUUGGCUCUUCUGGUGAGCCAUCUAAGGCGGCUUUACUCAUAAAUUAUGACCCCAGUGGCCCUUCUCGUUUGUUGGCUACCAUUGCAGAACAAGAAGGGAUAAAAGCUGAUCCUGUUGAACUGAGAGAGUUUGUUAAUUUUGUCAAUAGAAACAAGUUCCAAAUGGAGAGCUUCAUAAUAGGACUUCAUCAAUGCACCAGGUAUGAUGGCUCAAUUGGUGCAGCAUCUCGCGCUAUGGCUGCUGUUGAUCAGUUUGCAUGGCAGUUGGAUCGAAGAAAUCUUUAACGUCAUUUCCCCUAUGACGCCACACAGGCAAAUAUGGCAGAAAUCCACCGCGUCAAAAGCUCAUAUGCCACUGUGGAACCUGGAUACGCUGUUCUAAAGAUCCUUCAUAAAGGUUCCCUUGAAAACAGACCUCCACUGCUCCAGUAGGUGCAGCACUCAAUCAUAUCUUGAAAGUGCCAUUUCUUCCUCCUGUUGGAAUUUUUGCUUUCAAAUGAUAAUUGCAUUCCUCAGAAAGUUGCCACUCACAUGGUCCAUUGGUCUGGGGUCAGUGAGUAAGCAAACCAGAUUGAUGUUCUGAACAUUGCUGUAAAGCUUUUUUAAGGCAUUGAUAUGGCCUUGUCUACAUGCUUUGCCGGCAGAUCUAACACAGCACAGCACCAGAGAGUGUGUGAGCCACUGAAGCAGAUUGAGGAAUUUUUAUUUUUAUUUUUUAAUGUAAUAUUUUUAACCUGAUUCUUUUGUUUCGUUUGACAAGCUAUGUAAUCAAAUAUAUUUUAUAUUUAUGAAUUUAUUUUUGAAAA